CUCCAAUCUGCACUCCAAUCUCACUCGUGAAGUUGCCACUGACGAACGGGAGUACGGCCCGCAAUCUCGCUGACUUCUCAAUCAAUCAAUCAAUCAAAUCAUGGGCUCGGUUCCGAUUCCUGCAGCAACGGAUCGACAUUGAGGAUCCGGGAGCCGACUCCCUUCGCUCGAUGGAGGUUCGAGGGGUCGCGGCCUGACGACGAUCGAGGGCGCCCGCCUUCCUAUGCCAUCUUCUCAUCUUCUUCAUCUUCUUCCGCGGCUCGGGAAUGAUGCGUCGAGAGAUCUCGGUCCUGCUCCAGCCUCGCUUCGUCCUCGCCUUCCUCGCCCUCGCCGUCCUCCUCCUCGUCUUCGCCUUCCCCUUCUCGAGACAGAGAGGAGACCAAGUAGAAGAAGAACCUGAAAUUACCCACAGAGUAUACUUGGACGUUGACAUUGAUGGACAACAUUUAGGUAGAAUUGUGAUUGGAUUAUAUGGCGAGGUGGUACCAAGAACUGUAGAAAAUUUCCGGGCUUUGUGCACAGGGGAAAAGGGCAAGAGUGCCAAUGGAAAAAAACUCCACUACAAAGGAACACCUUUUCACCGUAUAAUAUCUGGCUUCAUGAUCCAAGGGGGAGAUGUAAUCUACGGUGAUGGAAAAGGAUAUGAAUCUAUAUACGGUGGCACCUUUGCUGAUGAGAAUUUUAGGAUAAAGCAUUCCCACGCAGGUAUCAUUUCCAUGGUGAAUUCUGGCCCUGACUCUAAUGGAUCACAAUUCUUUAUUACCACAGUCAAAGCCAGCUGGUUGGAUGGAGAGCAUGUUGUUUUCGGCAGGGUUAUUCAAGGCAUGGACACUGUCUAUGCAAUCGAAGGUGGAGCUGGAACAUACAACGGAAAGCCCAGAAAGAAAGUCAUAAUCGCCGACUCUGGAGAGAUUCCGAAAAGACUUGGAGGCGAGUUCUCUUCUUUGGUCGACAUUCUUUGCCCCGUCUUUUGUCCAGAAACCUGGCUACCCAGCUAACUCCAACGCUCAUAUUCACCAUGGUACAGUUCUUGGAAAUGCCAUGGGUCUGUACCCGACUUCUACGAUGUAUCCUUUGUAAAGAUGAAUGGGUUCACUCAACUUUUUUUCUGGCCUUUUGUCUUGGGUCUGCUGUUCCAUUCAUGAGCAGUCUACAGGAGUUUGGUCUCAUCACCCAGUCCACGACGUAUGAGUACUGAUAAGAAUUUCACCUCCCGGUCUAUGUGAUUGAUACAAAGUUUGAUCAGAUCAAAGUGUGCGCCUGAGGGAAUUUUUUGCCUUGUUUUGGUA